AUGUAUAGCCUGCCCCCCUUGAAGUACUGCAAGGUCCCUGCCGAUGCCGAUGGAGCCCCCGGCAGGGCCCCAUCCGAUGCCGAGAGAUUUUACGGCAGGAUCCCUGCUGAGGCCGAUAGGUUCAACGGUAGGGUCCCUGCCGAUGGCGACGGGACUUACCCCGGAGUCCCUGCCGACGCCGAUGAGACCUACUUCAGCUUCCCUACCGAUGACGAUCGGGUUUACGGCAGGGUCCCCACGGAUGCCGAUAGAUUCCACGGCAGGGACCCUGCGGCCACCGCCGAACAUCAGGGCCAGGCCCCUCCCACUGCCGACGAAUUCCCCGACCAGGCCGCUCCCGCUGCCGCUACCGACGCCGACGAAUUCCCCUCCUGCCGUUCCAGCACGUCACACUACGUGCCCACCGCGGAACUCAUCGCGCGCAUCGCCACGGCUCUGGGCAUCCGACUCUACGACAAAGAGAACGACCACGGGCGCGAGCGGCUGGUCGACCUCGAAAUGAUUUCCGCCAUGAACGAGGACCUGCUGCAGGUCGCGAUCGAGAACAUCAAGGACGCGCACUACCAGCUCGCGCAGCACUGCUACAGCCCCGCGGCCCUCCCCCCCACGCAGUACUCGCGCGAGGAGCUCUAUGCCCACAAUAAGAGCAUCCACGACUGCCUCAAGCUGACGUAUACGACCAACGAGCGGCUCCGGGCGGAGCUCAGGAAGGUCCAGCGGGACAACGGCGCGAAGGUCGAGGUGGGGGAGUUGCUUGAGAAGCUGCAGGAUGCCGACGAGUGGAUGGGCAUCAAAUACGAGGGGUUGGAGAAGGGGCUGCAGGCGGUCCAGGAGCAAAGAGACCAGUUGCUGGAGCAGACGAAAGCGCAGCGGCAAGAGCUGCAGAAGAUGGACAAGCAGAUGAAGUUGAAGGAUUCCGCUCUCGCCGCGCUCGCAACGGACAUGGUCGAGCAGCGCAAGAUGCUCGAUUUCAUGAACCGCGAGAAGAACAUCCUCUGUGCCGAGUUUGACGAGAGAAUACGCCAGAUCGAGGCCGAAUGCGAAGCAAAGUGGGCGAUUGCAAUCAAGGCAUGCCAUGAUCCCAGCGUCAAGAACGGCUGCACGGUACACGAGCUCGCGAAAUCCGUCGAAAGCCUUGGAUGUCCCUCGCGCCCAGGCCAGGAGCACCCUGCGCAAAGACCCGAGUCCGCCCAAGCCCGGCUCGGCGCCGGCACCGUCCCCGUGUCCGAUCCGCAAGCACUAAAGUCGAGGAUUAAGACGCCGGAGGAGAUCGCUCCGGGAAUCAGCGACAGCGAAGUACGACUGCGGGACGAAGUCCGCCUCGCCUUGGAGAGGAACGAAGGGUUGACACGGGAGGAAUACCGCAUAACUGUCAAGCUCCUCAAGGAGAAUGAAAAACUCAGAAAAAAUAGCUCCAUGUUAAGAAAUGCGGUGGUGAAGUUGAAGGCGAAUAUCGCCGCGAUCAGGCGCCGUCAGGAGUUAGACGACGAGGGUCUGGUGGAGCUUCCCGAAUCCCAUGAGAUUUUGUGCCAGGAUUGCCUGGAUGACUGUGGGUGCGAGUACGACGAAGACGAUGAGGACGGCGAUGAGGACGAUGAUGAUGAUUAUGAUGAUAGCGAUGACGAUGACGAUGAUGGGGAUGAUGAAGACGGGGGGGAUGAGCUCGUUGUGUUGGAGAAUCUGUGCAUCCAGUGUGAUUAG